AUGGCACCCGCAAAGAAGAAUGUCGCGAGCUCCUCCGAUUUUUUUUUGAAUGAUAUUCAAGAAAAGAAUAUUCUCAAAAAAUUCAUAGAAUUAAAAGAACUCUCCUUCUUCGACGAAAUGAUAAAGGACUACCCGGAAAGGCAGUUACAAAAGUUUCACGUUGGAGUUUACAAAGAAAUGAUCCAAUUGAUCAAGAUGGACAAUGAAGGCCGUAUCCAUACGAUUUUACAUUUCUCAACAAAUCUAAUUUCUUUCCUUAUUCUAAGUGUUUAUUCUAUUCUAGGUAAUGAAGAACUUAUUUUUCUUAACUCUUGUCUUCAAGAAUUUCUAUAUAAUUUAAGUGACACAGUAAAAAAAAUUUCUAUUCUUUUAUUAACUGAUUUAUGUGUAAGAUUCCAUUCACCCCAUGGUUGGGAACUAAUGAUUGGCUCUAUCUACAAAGAUUUUGGAUUUGCUCAUAAUGAACAAAUUAUAUCCGGUCUUGUUUCUACUUUUCCAGUUAUUUUAGAUACAAUUUUUAAAUAUCGGAUCUUUCGUUAUUUAAAUUGUGUAUCUCUGUCACUUGUAGUGAUUUAUCAUUCAAUGAAUGAUUGAAAAAUGAUCGACCGAUCAAAUUAUAUAUAAUGUUUGUUACUUUGUACAUUAGCAAAACAGUCAAAACUGUACUUAUUAUUUCUACCCACCUGGGAGAUUCCUUCAAUAUUCCAGUAAAAUUAUUUCAGUAAAUCUAA